CAAUUGCAGCGUGAAAAUGCAGGACUACGACAAACUCACGUCAUUCUUGGGUGACUGGGGUCCCUUCCAGAUGGCGAUCUUCUUUCUCCUUAGCCUGACCGCUGUCCCUAACGGCUACAUGGGGCUGUCCGUGGUAUUCCUGGCAGACACGCCACCACAUUUCUGCCGAGCGCGCUCUGGUAAUGGCAGCGGAUCGCCUAUUAAUGCCUCACUGAUCUCCUCAAAACUGAUAGAUGGGUCAUCAGCUCUCGGCAGCUGCACCCGACUAAAGUGGACAGGCGAAGGUCAGGUGAACGAAACGGAGGAAUGUCUGGACGGCUGGGAGUUUGGAAAAGAAAGAUACGCGUCCACUAUUGUAACCGAGUGGAAUCUGGUUUGCAGUGAAGCUUGGAAAGUUCCAGCCUGUACAUCUGUCUAUUUUUGUGGUGUUUUAGCAGGGUCCAUGUUGUCUGCACAAUUUUCAGACAGGUUUGGCAGAAAGAAAACGCUGUUUAUCACCCUGGCCAUGCAGACAGUUUGUAGCCUCAUUCAAGUAGCAUCUGUUAACUGGCUCAUGUUUUGCAUCCUUUUUUUCUUUGUUGGAUUUGCGCAAAUUUCUAAGUAUAUAUCUGCUUUUGUUUUGGGCAAUGAACUGUUGGUCAAAUCCAUACGAAUUACAUAUUCUACAUUAGGAGUAUGUGUGUUUUAUGCUUUAGGAUAUGCUGCUCUUCCCAUGUUUGCGUAUUUCAUUCGUGAUUGGAGGAUGCUGCUUUUAGCCCUGUCCUUACCAGGAGUUCUUUAUACGCCACUAUGGUGGCUGAUACCUGAAUCACCAAGAUGGCUCUUAUCCCAAGGAGAAAUGGAAGAAGCAAAGGCGAUUCUUCAUGCAGCUGCACAAAAAAAUGGAGUUACACCACCAGAAGUUAUAUUUACACCAGACGAAUUACAAGAAAACAUUAAGAAGACACAACGUUUGUACACCUACAUUGACCUCUUUAGAACAAGAAACAUCAGGUAUUUGACAGCCCUGGUUUGCCUCAUCUGGAUGGCAAAUACAAUUGGUUAUUAUGGUAUUUCCUUGAACACGUCAAACAUGAAUGGUGAUCCAUACAUCACUUGCUUCAUUUCGGCUGCUACAGAAAUAGCAGCUUACACGAUUGCCUGGGCAAUAUUGAAACAUGCUCCUCGCCGGUGUGUGUUAUCAAUCCUUCUGCUAUUGUCAGGAAGCUUGCUUCUGUUCAUUCAGUUUGUACCUUCUGAACUUCCAAUACUGACUAUCAUCCUGGCCAUGACUGGGAAGUUUGGACUCACAAUUUCCACGUCUGUUAUCUACGUUUAUUCAUCUGAACUCUUCCCUACAGUUGUUCGCAACAUGGGAAUGGGAGCUGCCUCCAUGUUCUCUGGUAUUGGUGGCAUUACUGCCCCAUAUUUUCCCUACUUUGGAGUCUACAAUAAAAUUGUGCCUUACAUAAUAAUGGGAUGUUUAACUCUGGCAAUGGGGUUUUCCAGCCUGCUGCUUCCUGAAACAGAAACUCUCCCUUUUCCAGAGAAAAUGGAAGAUGUUCAGCCACUUCGCUGGUGUUGGAAAGUGAAGAACAAGCAGAAAGCAACACGUGAAGCUGUUCACUCAGAGUGUUAAGUCACUCUAAAAAAGUUCUGCAGAACUGGAAAAUCUACAUUUUGUCCCCACCUGGGUUCUGUUCUGAAAUAAUUCACCAGUUUAUUCUAAUUAAGACAUUUUGAAAAUCUUAAUCUGUUUCUCUUUCUAAUGCAAUCACUAUGAAUACAAUACAUGUUUGUCUGUUCAGGGACAGACAGCCAGCUAUUUUUCUUUUCUCUACAUUUACCUGUUUCACAUUAUUAAGAAAAAAUUGAUUAUUUCUUGUAUUGUAAUGGUGAGGAAAAAGUAGUGUUCAGUCUGUAAGAGGGUAAAAUGUAAGUAUGUAUAAUCAUCCAUGUCCCAAAUUAGAAGAAUAUCUGGAGCAAAGGUCACUUGGCAGGAGAGUAAAGAGCUACAGAAGGGGAAAGGAGAUCAGUACGUCAGAGAGAAAGAGAAAGAUCAGGACAUGAGAGAGAGGCUAAUUUGGUGCUGUAGUGAAACAGAAAUGUCAGUGAUGCAACUUAACUAGUCAGUUAGGAAAUGGGCCAGUAUUUAGCAAGACCCAGUGGGACAGAAAAGCAAUGUUUUGUUGAGUUUGUUUUGCUUUUUGGUGGUGUUCAUAUACACAGCCCUCCCCUGUUUAUUUGGUCUAAUAUACCAAUUUUCCCACCAAUGAAUGGAUGAUUAGUCCAAAUUUGGCUCCUACCUUAACCCAUUAGUGCCAUAAUAGGCUUUGGUUCCUGUGACCCUGAACUGGCCUAAGCAGGUUUUGUAUUUGUUAUUAAAUAGCAGGGGUACCCAGUACUUCUAGUGAUGGAAUCAAGUACAAGUGAUGCCACUAAAUAAAUUCCCCAGGGGUAAAAAUGUUAGCUCUAAACCAAAAGUUCACUGUCUAAACCUACCACGGGGAAGAACUUUGCAUACCUGUGCCAAGUCCAAAAAUGCAUUCUGGGACACCUCCCUAAUAAACCACAGAUGAGGUCACUAAAAGUUUCCUAGGGGAAAAGUUUUAGAAGAAAACAUAGCCCAUGGUCUUCCCUGUACAAAUGGGGAAUCUGUGCAAAAUUUGGAGGAGAUAG